AUGGCGUCUCCUAUGUACCUAAAGAUACAAAGGGAAGCCCUUACCGCCAAAGGUUGGCCUGACAUAAGAGACUUCAGCAAAGUCAAUGAAUCAACUGCCACCGCCAAAGUUAUGGCGUCUCCUAUGUAUCUAAAGAUACAAAGGGAAGUCCUUACCGCCAAAGGUUGGCCUGACAUAAGGGACUUCAGCAAG